CUCUUGAAUUAAUCUUGUAAAUUAAUUCAAUUUGUAGAUAGUCUACUCAUUAUGAAUUACAAAAUAUAAUGCAGCUUGAAUGUGUCUUCAAUUAAUUUGUACAUAAUUUGGUUAAUUUGUUAGAAGCCUAUAUAAACAGGUUGGUCUAAUUUUCUAUUUUUGUGUGCAUUCUAAGUGGGUUAGGCUACGUUAUUUACGACGUUCGACAUUCCCAACAGCUCUAACAAUGCAUUCACCACCUGUAAACCGAUUCUUCUUCGCAUGGAAAAGUUGGAAAGUCUGUCGCAGAUUUCUUUCUAGAAAAUACUCUGCUUGGAAGAGUGCUAGGCCUACUCUGAAGCCCUCCUAUGGGUGGAAGUGGUACUGCACUUGUUUAUCUUGCAGUUAACAAUUACAGUAUAAAGGAAUAUAUAUAUUAAAAUAUAGCCUACGAUUUCUAUAUUCUUUUCUAGCUUUUAAAUAUUGGUCAUAUCAUCAUGUUUUUUACUCAUAGUUUCAAUUAGUUUCGAUAAUUGUAGCCUUUUAUUUGCUUGGAUAAGAACCCCACACAUACAUUUUCAAUCACUAUUCUUUUAGGGGCUGUCUAACAUGGAUGAUGACAUCGAAGUCAUUCUUCAGGACAGAAGCAUUAAGUUACAUCAGCAAAAGCUGGACAAUCCUAUAUUCACUGCUUGUACCGGAGCUCUGCUUCUAGGUGCCUACAGACUUUGGUCUGUAUUUGCACUUCCUGGGUUUCGGAAAGUACCCAUAAGCCUCAAGGUAGCCUUACUCAUGAGGGUGGACAGAUGGGCUGUCCAAGUCUAGCUUUCUUUAGAUGUUUCUGUUUUGACAUCCUCCACAAAUGCCCUGAUCUUGAAAAAUGCCUGUGCACAUUCAAAAGCUUGACCUUAAUGUGUAUGGUAUGGAGCCAGUGAAGUUAGGUGAUACUAUCUCAUAGUCUACGUGCUGCAUAGUACUUCACAAAGCACCACAGAUACACAGGUGUCCUCAUUUAUUUGGCUUCUGUCUGUUGCUCUUGUCAACAAUGACUUAAAGCUCAAUGCCAUGCAGGUACCCUACUUGCCCUCGAGUAAAACACAGACGCAGAAUGUAAUGAACCUGCUGCAUGGACGCAGGGGUCGUCUGGUCGACCUGGGAUCAGGCGACGGGAGACUGGUGUUUGCUGCCUCCGCCGCUGGCCUGCGCUGCACCGGCUAUGAAAUCAACUCCAUCCUGACGACGAGCGCCCGGGUGCGGGCGUGGUUAAGAGGAGUGCCCCCUGGCAGCGCCACCUUUGUCUCUGAAGACUUCUGGAAGACCAACCUGUCAGAUUACAACAAUGUGACAGUGUUCUUGGCCCCAGGUGUGAUGGAUGUACUUGGGGAGAAGCUGUUGAAGGAGCUACCUGAUGAAGCACGGGUUGUAGCCUGCCGAUUCCCCUUCCCUCACUGGCCCUUCUCUGCUUCUGAGGGACAGGGUCUCGACCAAGCCUGGGCAUACGACAUGGGAGCUGUGCGUGGCCAUCUCCUCCAAACCCUCUACACCACGGCCAAAGGCAUAUAGACACAGUAUAAACACUCCCUUUUGUCCACUUGACGGUGGACGUUGAUCUUAUUGUACAAGAUGAGAUCUGUAGCACAAAUGGUACCAAAUGCUCUCCCCUAUUCCCCCUACACAGCUAACCUGAGAUGCUGGAUCAGGAGACGCGCCUUUAUUUGUAUCAAAUAUCAUAAUUUCUGUCACAUCCACAGUCACAUGGAACUUUGGACUUAGUAUUGUGAAGCCAUUCUGUCCAUGUAGUCACACACAACUGCAUUACCCAUAGUCAGUGAUUUCAUAAUGAAACUUUACUCAGAAAAGUGCAAUUAUUUUUUUGUAUUUAUAGUUGACUCCAAAAAAAUGUGAAAAUAACAAUUAAAUCCUAUCAUGAA